ACAUUCAUGUUUGAUCUCACCACAUCGUUUGGAUACAACGACAUGCAAGGUUGUUUUACCAGACUGCGUUGAGUAUUUACCACCAACUGAAUAGACGCGACCGCUAGAGAACCUCUGGUUGACUACAGAAAGGACCAGGAUCUUCUGGUCUCUCGACCGUAGUGUAGAUUCGAUCUUCCAUGUAUACUCGGCGGUCCUCGCAUGCUCUGCGAGACGAUCCUCCUCGAGUUCUUUGACCUGCUGCUUGAGAGCGGAGAUCAUGUUGUCCUUGGCUUGGGAUAUUGCUGUGCGGCAUUCGUGGAGUUCGUAUAUCUCACCCGCCUGCGAUUUGACCUUUUGCUCUUUAACGAGAAGGACAGCCUCGAGGUUGGCGACCUUGCGACACAUAGUCCCGAGCACGCUAUCGUCGCUUUGCUGUGCACUAUUCUUAUUUUGUGUUGCAGUAACACGGGUUGCCACACUCUCUCGUGCGCGAAGAUCUUGUUCGAGGUCAACGAUCUCGAUACGAAGGUCUUUAACUUUCUGCUUUCUAGGGCUGGCGAGUUGAGCAUCGUAGUUCUUCGGAUCUCAGUGCUUUCCGUACGCAUGGGUCUCGGCUAUGGGCGUCUCCUUGUCACUAGCCUUGGCUUUCAAUUUGUUGUAAUGCCUGUCGGGUGUAAUGUCCGAAGUCGUGCUCUUCUCUAUCGGAUCAACCCGCGGAGUCCGCUUCUUCUGAGUUUCCGAGUAUGAUGGUGGGCUUUCGGAAAGGGAAUCUCUAUGUUGUCUCGGUGUCCCUCGUGUUUGCUUGCUGUUGUACUGAUCCAUCGUGUCUCAAAUUGACAGGG